GGUCUUCUAGGUAUAUACUUCCUGUUAAACGACCAGAAAAGCCCAGUCGUAUCCAGCAUCGGUUUCCUGCCGAUUUUGUCACUGGUACUGUUCAUAAUAACCUACUGCUGGGGGCUUGGGCCCCUUCCUUAUGCAGUGAUGGGCGAGCUGUUUUCCAUCGAGAUCAAAACCGUUGCAACGCCAAUAGCUACAGCGUUCUCCUGGGCUCUAUCGUUCUUGGUGACUCGGUAUUUCGAGCCAGUCGCAAACGCGGUGGGGAUGUAUGUGGUGUUCUGGUUAUUUGGUGUAUGCUGUGUCUCCGGGUUCAUCUUUACACUGUUCCUCGUGCCCGAGACCAAGGGCAAGAGUCUGCAGGAGAUACAGUACAUGCUGGCUGGCAGGAUGGGAACUCUUUAUCAAGUCCUAUGCGAGAGUAAUAUGAAAAUACUUGGAAUUCCGGAAAUAAAAUCUGAAAAUUUGGUUAAUAUUAUAACACUAGUAGCUAAGUCUGCUGACCAUGAACUGUUGGUAGAAGACAUAUUGCAUGUGACAAGGAUCGAAAAGCUCAACACAGAGACUGAUUGA